AUGGAUAUGAAGUUAUUACAAGAAGUAAAGCAAAGUUAUAAGUGGGAUAUUAGUUGGUUCAUGGUAAUAUUUUUAUCCUAUUUUCAUAUUUGCUGCCUUUAUGGAAUUUAUUUAAGUUUUACUACACUGAGAUUGUAUACAACGAUAUUCGCGAUAAUUAACGUUCCAAUAACACUUCUCGGUGUUACUGCAGGCACUCAUAGAUUAUGGGCACAUAAGUCUUACAAAGCAAAAUGGCCACUAAGGGUAUUCCUAAUGAUUUUGCAAUCUACGUCAUUUCAAAGACCUAUUUAUUUAUGGGUGAGAAAUCACCGAAUCCAUCACAAGUACACCGACACGGAUGCCGAUCCUCAUAACUCGAAAAGGGGUUUCUUCUUUUCUCACAUUGGUUGGUUGAUGUUAAAAAAACAUCCAGAUGUUAUAAAAAAGGGAGCAACGAUAGAUAUGAGCGAUCUUGACAAAGACCCAGUGGUCAUGUGGCAACUAAAACAUGCUACAAUUGUCCUGACACUCGCUUGUUUCGUCAUUCCAACGUUGAUACCUGUAUUUUUUUGGGGAGAGGGUUUGAUGAACGCUUGGUACGCCACGACUAGUAAAUUCAUCUUUACUAUAAACAUAACCAGUCUAGUAAAUUCAUAUGCCCAUAUGUGGGGUACAAAACCGUAUGAUAAUACCAUAUCUCCGACAGAAGUCCCUGCAAUUUCAUUUCUUACAGGCGGUGAAGGUUGGCACAAUUAUCAUCACGUAUUUCCGUGGGAUUACAAAACUUCUGAAUUAGGAAACUACAAACUAAACUURACAACGGCAUUUAUCGACGGGUUUGCAAAACUAGGUUGGGYUUAUGAUCUAAAGACUGUUUCUCAMGAAAUGAUUGAAAAGCGUGCAUGUAGAACUGGAGAUGGUACGAGCUAUCAACAUGUCGAUGAUCAACACGAACACAAAUAUAAAAAUUCUGUUUGGGGUUGGGACGAUCCAGAUAUUACUACUGAAGAUAUUUUAGAUACAAGGAUAUUAAAUAAGGCCGAAUAAGACUAUAUUUAUCGUUUGGUGGUGGUAUCGAAAAAAAAUUCCUAAGUAAAAAGAACUGUAACCUAUCAUCAUUGAUAUUAAUGAUCGUUCUCGAUGUAAAAUUAAUGCUAUUCUGCGAUAAUUUGACGCCGAUAAUUUGUCUUAAGAAUAUAUUUAUGACAAUAACAUUGUACUUUGCAAUUGAUACAGUACUAUUAAAUAAAUAAUUCUUUUAUAGCAUAUUUUAAUGUAUUGUUCACGUAUUCCUUGAAUAUGUAGUUAUAAUAUUAUUAUCAUACGUAAUAUCUGAUAUUGCUAACAUUUUCUCUGUUGAACAUACACUUCUUAUAUUGAGAACUCAUUUCAUAAAACGCAAAGAAGAAUAAACGAAAAUUGUAUCUUUAAUUAAUAAUUAUAUUCAGUUAAUGUGACGUUUUACCAAAAUUUUGAAAUAUAUUGAUAUUCUGUA